CUCGGUGCAUCGCUUGCAGCAUAGCGGAAACUGCAUUGGCAUGGACGAUCGCUUGGAUGGCCUCAUAGGUAAUCCGGACAUGGAGCACAUGGUCAAUGUCUCGGAUUUGGUGCCUCCACAGAUCAACGAGAAGAACUUGUGGCUGUUAGGGGUGCUUUUGGCAGUCUUUGGUACCUUGGUGGGAACCAUUGGAAAACAGAUGAUCCGACGAUCAGAAAUGUUGAAGCAGGAGAGAAAGGAAAGGGAAAGCACCAUUAUCUUCCGGGUAGGACUUGCUUUGCAAGUUGCAUUGAACCCGUUGUGUGACAUUGCCGGCUAUGCCUUGGCCCCCGCCUCGGUGAUUGCUCCAGUGACCGGCAUGGACAUCGUGUGGAACACAGUGAUUGCUCCGUGUUCUUUGAACGAGACGUUGACUCCUAGAAGGCUGAUGAGCACCACCAUCAUCUUCUUUGCUGCAACGGCAUCUGUGGCCUUUCGACAGAUCAACGAGGUGGAAUGGACCACAGAGUAUGUCGAAAUGGUGCUGCUGCAAAAUCGCACCACACUUUAUGCGAUUUGCUUCGUUGCAUGGUAUCUUUGGAACAUCAUUGUCCAAAUGCGAUUUGAAAAAGGCACACCGAUUCGUGGCUUUUCUUUGGGAGCUACUGCUGGAACGUUAGCCGGCAACAUGUGGUGCACAAAGAUUACAGCGGUGCUUCUGGAAAAAUGCAUCUCGGGCAAUUGUGACCCUUGGAGUCAUUGGGUGUCCUGGAUUUGCCUUUUCGGCGCCGUGUUCUUUGCCACCAGCAACCUGUACUAUAUUUCUCGGGGGAUGCAGCAACACGAAGCUCUAUUCAUGGUCACGGUCUACAUGGGAGCCAACAUCACAACAAACAGUCUCAGUGCCAUUGUAGUGCUUGGGGAAAUGGACGAUGCUCCCUGGUGGAAACUCACCGGCUACACCCUGUGCAUCCUCAUGAUGAUGGUGGGUAUGGCCCUGCUAACUUCUGGCGAGAAGGAUUUGGAUGCCCGAGAAGUUGAAUUGCCUUCUCCUUGUGUGCUGGGAGAGGCAGAACAAUUGCAGUCGUCGCACACCUCUAUUCAGAUGCGUGUCAUCAGGUGUUCUGAAGGCAUUUGAGCGCCACUCUGGGGCCGAGCGGUUGUGCUUCGGCAGUUUUUCAGUUAACGGCGCUCCCUCUCCCUCUCUCCCUUCCCGCCUCUUGCUCUGAAGGCAUUUUCGGGAAAAAAAACAAAGAAACAAAGGUCUAAAGGCCUAGUAGUGAUGGCCUCCUAUACUCUGUCGAUUUUGUCAACUCUCUCCCCCUCUCUCCAUCUCCUUGCUCCAGCCCUUCUUCCUCCCAUGCGGAACGCAUGUGGAUAAUAGGGAGGGCGGUAGCAAUAUGCGAGCCAGCGGGCCCCGGAAGAGCAUUGAAAACAACAAAUAGAUCCGUUUCAGCUCAGAACUGCUCCACAUGUUGCCUUCGCAUCCUUCAGCAUCCGCAAGCUGCUCUGUACAGAAGGGUCUAGACGAAAGACGAAUUGAACGGAAAAGCGAGGCAACGUGCGAAGACGAAGAGCGAGUCGCGUUGUUUCGCUUUUGCCCGGAAAAGCAUUUCAUUUGUGCACACGGACCAAGAGUGCCUCUCACAGGCUGUUCAGAUAGCUCUG